AGGGUCCAAGGCCGGCUCCGGGCUCAACACCACUGAGAGAGAGACCUGCAAGAGGGGAUCGCAAACUUUGCUUUAGAAACAUUCACUCCCAAUCUUGACCUCGUACCAAUUCAUAUAUAACCACAUAAAUACCUAAUCAUGUCUUCUCAACUCGCCCCCUACAAGCAAGAAUUCUUGCAGGCUGCCAUCGCUGGCGAGAUCCUCAAGUUUGGCAGCUUCGAGCUCAAAUCAAAGCGCAUCUCACCUUACUUCUUCAACGCCGGCCUCUUCCACACUGCCCGUCUCGCCGGUGCCAUUGCUACUGCUUUCGCCAAGUCCAUCUCUGAGGCUCAGCAAGAGACCGGCCUUGACUUCGACAUCAUCUUUGGUCCCGCUUACAAGGGCAUUCCUCUUGCUUCCUCCAUCGCUGUCAAGCUCGGCGAGAUCGCCCCUGAGAACCUCGACCGUGUUUCUUACUCUUUCGAUCGCAAGGAAGCCAAGGAUCACGGUGAGGGUGGCAACAUUGUCGGUGCGCCUCUGAAGGGAAAGAAGAUCCUCAUUGUUGACGAUGUCAUCACUGCUGGAACUGCCAAGCGUGAGGCCAUCGACAAGAUCCGAAAGGAGGGCGGUAUCGUUGUCGGUAUUGUCGUUGCCCUCGACCGCAUGGAGAAGCUCCCUGCUACCGAUGGCGAUGAGUCCAAGCCUGGUCCCAGUGCUAUUGGCGAGUUGCGAAAGGAGUAUGGCAUUCCCAUCUUCGCUAUCCUGACCCUCGAUGAUAUCAUUGCUGGUAUGAAGAGCUUUGCUUCAGAGGAUGACAUCAAGCGAACUGAGGAGUACCGUCUCAAGUACAAGGCCAGUGACUGAGUGCAGCAUGGAAGAAAAGAAAAUGGUGAACGGAUGAGCUUAUGAUAUCAAAGGGUCACAAAUAGACGGAAUGGAAAUUAAAAAAAAAAAAAAAAAAAAAC